AUGGGAGAAAGCCACAUUGAUUCUUCGAAAAACGAUGGUGAUGAUGAAUUUUCUCUUCCAUCCUCUAAAACCAAACAAAACACACUAGUAUUAGAACACACUGCUUUAGCUGCCCAAAGAUUUGGAGUAAGUGAUAGAGCAGCGGCCUUGAUUGUUUCAUCUGCUUUUCUGGAUGCCAAAAAAGCAGGUUUGAUAACAGAGGAUCAGGCUAGCUUUGUCGCUGACAAAUGCAAGAUUAGUCGGGCAAAACAAAGUGUUGGAGUUAAGCUCCAAAACACCGAAAGUAUUGACUCUGUAUAUGGGCUGUAUUUUGACGGCCGCAAAGACAAUACACUUGCACAAGUCAGCGAAGGUGAAAAGUACUACCGCGACACUGUCAAAACGGAACAUAUUUCUCUUAUAGCAGAAUCUGGUUGUCAUUACUUUGGCCACGUCACCUCUCCUUCCGGGUCAGCUGAGGAUGAGACGCAGGCUAUAUGGCAACAUUUACAAGACAUUUCAGUUGAUGUGGAACAUCUAGAAGUUGUCGGUGCUGAUGGCACCAACACGAACACAAGCUGGAAAGGUGGAAUCUUUCGGAAACUAGAAGAAAGAAUAGGUAGGCCAUUACAGUGGGUUGUUUGUCUUCUACAUUUCAACGAACUUCCAUUUCGUGCUCUUUUCGAACACAUAGAUGGUGUCUCAAAGAGUCCAAAUACAUUCUCUAGCGACAUAGGUAAACUGCUCCCUGAUUGUGAGAAGUUGCCUGUUGUCAAAUUUGAAAGUUUUCCAUCCUGCCGAUUACCUUCUGAAGUUAAUAACCCGACCCAACUUAGCACAGACAAAGCUUAUCUCUAUAAAAUAUCAGAAGCUGUUAUUUCCGGUCAAUGUGCAAAUAGAAUUCUGGGAUUAUACAUUUCUACUGACAAACCAACAAAGGAAAUAAAGAUUUUGGUCAAGUACGUAUACAUACUUACAGUUUACUCACCUUUGUGGUUCUCAAUAAGAUUCAACAGUUCAAUCAAAGAUGGCUCGCGCCAUCUCUAUGCUGCAAUUCAUAGGUCGAGAUACUUACCUGCUAAACUGCGCAAGGUUGUCGAUUCAUCCAUUCAACAGAAUGCUUUCUUGCUCUCCAAGAAAACAUUCUCCUUAGUAUGAUGACUGACGAACGGAUAGAAGUCAGAAAGCUGGCCCUUGACCGUCUUCUGGCAGCCAGAUAAGCAGAGUCUGACACUGUAAAUGGAAGGGUUAGAUAUAAUAAAGUGCCAAAGCUGAAUUUCAAAGCUAAUAAUUAUUACGAUAUGAUUAACUGGAACACUAUUACCUUGACUGUUCCACCAGUUCUUUGUUCAGUUUCUAACGAAGAACUCAUAAAAGGGCUGUCGGAAGACACUGCAGAGGUAUGGAAAUUUAGUGAAUUCCCCCCUCACACCGUGGCAGUCGAGAGAACCGUCAAACUGGUGACAGAGGCAUCUUCUAAAGUUAUUGGCCCCCAAUCUCGUGAUCGUUUUAUACGCCCUACACUGAAAUCUAGGCAACAAGUGCCAAAGUUUAGUACAAAAUCUGAUUUUAUCAAUAAAUUUGACACAGAUUCAGGCUAAAACAAGCCUGAAAUAUGGUUGGUUGGUUGGGUUGGGCUUGGGAGGAACCCGAAGAGCAGCCACCUCCACGCUGUGGGUUCUGGGUGACCAAUACAGGUUAGCUGAGAGCUGCAACAAUUUUCACCUUGCACUGUGGCGCGCCGCCUUUUCGCUCGUUUCUCGGGAACGGUUCGUCCUACGGCCAUGAUCAUAUAUAAAUACCAUUUCGGUAGCAAAUGACGUGACAAAUAACUUUUGUUUUAUACAUUUUGCAUGAGAUGCGUAUUUCAGGUGCUAGGUAGACAAUUUCACGAUUUUAAGCGAAUUUCCGAAAUUUCAAGGCCGGGGUUGGGGUUGAAGAUGCAAUCCGAUCUCAAAAACAAAAAGUUGGAUUGGAAUCAGUAAGUACUAAGGCAACUUUUCCGCACUAUUAGAAAUCCCGAAUCGAAAAAAUUCCGGAAUCGACCCACCCUAGUGUUUAACAACAUACCUAUCCAUAUACAACCGGAACGGUGCAAGCAUAUCGUGCCAUCUUGUAAUUCCGGCACCCAAGAAUUAUGUGGAUAAAUUAGCGUGUGACGAAAAAGUAAAUUUUCAUUCGACUAAGAAAGAAGGACUUGGAUUUCACAUCAAAGUGUCGUGCGAAGGUUGUAAACAAAUAACAAACGUCUAGUGCACAAAUAAACUCUGGUAUUUACGUAGUGAAUUAUUGGUUUGCCUCCGUGAUGUGGAUAUUAGGCCUUGGAUUAGUUGGCUGUGAAGAGUUCUGCGGCUUGAUGGAUUUGUCCAGUUCAUUUUUAUCAAGACCGACGUACAAUAAUUACGUGAACAAAAUGUGCUCGACUAUAAGAGAAGUAGCGAAUUGAUUCUUUUCAUCUGCUAUAAAUGAAGAAAGAGCAGCAACAACAAACUAAAGAUGCCGACGAACUCAGUGUAUCAGGCGACGGAACAUGAAAAAAAGAGGCUAGUCAUCUUUAUUCGGCACCCUGCUAAUCGGUCACUUUACGAGUAAAGUUCUUGACACUAUCGUCAUAAGUUCAUACUGUCACGAAUGGAAAACUUGGGAACACAAAUCAAACUCUGCCAAAUACGAAGAGUGGCAUGAAGCUAAUGUAGAUACUGUAAACUGUCGAGCAAAUCAUACUCGUCCAAAUAUGGAGGUCGAAGCGAUAAAAACAAUGUUUCAACGCUCCGUAAAGAACGGUGUGCGAUAUCGCAACUAUAUCGGCGACUGUGACUCCAAAGCUUACUCCGGGUUGGUGAAUUCUAAACCUUACGGUAAUAAUUUUGCAACAACAAAAGAAGAAUGUGUGGGACAUGUUCAAAAAAGAAUGGGCACUCGUCUACGUGAAAUAGUCAAAAAGACCGUUGUAGAUACCAAAACUAAGGCUGGAAAGAAAAUCAAAAGAGAAAGUCUGUCUGGUAAAGAGAAGCUUACGGCCAAAAUUAUCGAUGAACUGACGGUAUACUACGGGUUGGUUAUCAGACGUCACUCUGAUUCCGUAAAAAAUAUGAAGAACGCUAUCUGGGCAACGUUCUUUCACUACAGUUCGACGGACGAGAAUCCACAGCACGGAAAAUGCCCGAGCGGCGCGCACUCCUGGUGCGAAUGGCAAGAAGCUGCAGCUGCUAAUGCAUUGGAUUCCUUUAAACACACGUAUAUUGCUCUUCCCAAGUAUGUUUAGGAUAUAAUUAAGCCUAUCUACGAAGAUCUGAGCAAAGAUGCCCUCCUGGAGCGAUGUAUCGGAGGCUUCACGCAGAACAACAAUGAGAACCAACUUAUUUGGAAAAUCUCACCGAAGCACUUGAGUGGAACCUCUGUCAUCGUUGAAAUUGCAGCUUAUGUGACAGCCAGUGUCUUUAGUGAAGGUUCGUUUGCUUUACUCACCUUCAUGCAAGACAUGGAAAUCAGUAGUGGGCCAAGCGCUCAUGACUGGGCGCGAUCAACUGACUCCACACGCAUAAGUCGAGCAGAAACUGAACGACAAACCAAAAAAGGCAGGAUUUGUCGUAGGCAGGAGCAAAAAGAGACAUUAGACAUCAUGGA